AUGGACACUGUUUGUAGUGAGAGUGGUUCGACUGAAGACUUAAAGUCAAACCAUGUCCUACCGGAAAAAUUUUCUAUCGAAACCGAAAGAGGACCUUUGAGUGCUGGCCUCCGUGAGACAAGAACAAAACAGAUAUUCAAAGUAAUGCAAUAUUUGGGUCUUGUUCAAGGAGAAAGAUGGAGAAAAUUCGGGCUCAUUUUUAUUCUGGUGAUUGUUGUUAUAACAUGGAUGCCACCAACUUUUCUGGCGAUCUGCGUACAGAAAAACCCAAUUAUGUCCUCACCAAGUGGCUUACCGACAAUUUUGUUACUCUUGGGCCUUGCUCUAUCGCAUCAUUUCGGAGCUUAUUACGGGUUCAAGCAUCGUAAAAGACUGAGAAGGAACAUAAGUUUGGCCAUCGAACGAGCGAAUUUCUGCCGAACAUGCCUGAUCGUGAUCGUGACGUUUGUAAUGUUGACUUUGUCGUAUCUCGUUCUUUUAAUCCACUUGUAUGUCACGCAGUCGAUUCGCCCCAUUCCGUGGCUUCAGAUUGGCUUUAUCUAUUUCCUUGGGUAUAUUUACUGCGGUGCAAUAGGUGUAGCAAUGAACUUAGCUUUUAGUGCAUCGUGCACCGCUGUCAAAAUCAGGAUCAUCGACCUCCAGGACAAGUUGAAAAACUGGUCUGAAGGACUUCGAGAGGCUCUUGUCGAGUAUCACGAACUCUGCGAUUUCAUGAACGAAGAAAUCGAAUCAAUCAAAUGGUGGCUAUUGGCUAAUAUCGUCACUUUUAUUGUCAACUGGCUGGUCAAUUUUCAAUUGUGGCAAAUUCUGGGAGACGAAGGUCAAGGUGAUGUGAUGAGGUUAGUGUUUUACAACUGUUCGUGGAGCCAGCCUCUUCCUGCGCCGAAGUUGCUCGUUAUGAACGGACUCAUCACUGGCUGCGAGGUGCUUUUCUCCUGUCUGGUCUUCUUCUUCUUCAUGUCGCCACUCUACUGGGCUGCUACGGUAACCUUGCAGUGCAACAGGUUCCGCGAAUGGGUCAACCGCACUAUAAUACAAACAGAUGAGAGACCUCUCGGGAAUUUCAAUGUCGAGUCGCUAGAUUUCUUCAUCAACCGGGUGCAGAUGGCUAGUUAUUUUGCUUUCAGACUAUUCGGGAUUAAUGUUACUAAGGCGCUUUUAUCGGUGACAGGUUUAAUGACCACUGUGCAGGUUGUACUAGGUAUCGUGACGAAAAAACUGCUACCUUCUUAG